UUAUGCAACAAAGAAUGUGACAGUUUAUAUAUAUUCUCCAAGCACAAUCAGUCUUCAUCAUUUUGAACCUAAAACAUCAUGGAAGAUAUACUGUACAUGUCAGACAAAUAUUUCUACACACCGUAUAUCUAUCCAGAAUGGUGGCCCGAAGACGACUGGAAACGGCAGUUGAUGAGCAUUCUCAUUUUCACAUGGAUGGGACAAUACACGAUGUAUUUUGUAAUGGGGUUACUCGACUACUGUUUCGUGUAUGAUCAUCGGCUAAAAGAACAUCCGUUAUAUCUGAAGAAUCAAAUAAAGCUCGAGAUUAAAUACGCUGUGAAGAACAUGAUUUUUCAGGGGGCAACAUUCGGCCCCAUCUUCUUGCUGGAGGUCAGAGGUUAUAGUCGAUUGCAUCGUGAUUUCAGCAGAGGAUUCUUUGGACCCCUGAACCCUCUGAUCGAGAUUGUCGGCUUUGUCAUCUUCACCGACUUCACCAACUAUUGGUUCCACCGCACACUCCAUCAUCGUCUCAUCUACAAGCAUGUACAUAAGCAACACCACAUGUGGAAAGUCCCUACACCAUUCUCCGGCUACGCUCUCCACCCACUCGACGGCUUUACACAGGGGAUAUCCUGGCACAUCUACCCCUUCCUAUUCCCUUUCAACAGUAAAAUCCUCAUGGGCUUCUUCUUCUUCGUUCUCAUGUGGACCUUCAGUAUCCACGACAAUCUUUGUAUUCUUCCCAAGUUCUUACAACCGAUUAUUAACGGGGCGGCACAUCAUACAGAUCACCAUAUGUUUUAUAAUUAUAACUAUGGCCAGUUUACCACGCUGUGGGAUCGGGUGUUUGGGUCGUAUCGUAUGCCUGGUACCCACCAGGGUAAGGGACCCGUUGAUGACGUCAUUGCGAUCAAAGCAAAGGCUGCUGGGUAUCAGAUGAAUGGGAAUAGGAUUGAGUACAUCAAUGGGAAUGGUCAUAACAAGAAAGUAGAGUAGGAAAGAGUCCUCUCACACCUAUCUCACAUGCACACAGCUCUGUGUUGCACUCACUGUGUGGAUUAUACACACACUUUAAGGAAAAUCCUACUCAACAGAGAAAAAACACUGUGUGGACGCGUGGAAGUCCACUCAUCUGUUAUCAGGUCCACACUUCGUUAUAAACCUUUAAAUACCCCCAUCCAACCCAACCACACCCACACAGUAAACUAAAAACGAGCAAUGGAGAGAUAGUGAGAAACGCUCCCUCUGCUGAAGUAACGUAAUUGUUGAGAAAGAAGUAAUUUC